AUCAUCAAGCUGAUCAUCCAUACUUGUUGAUCGACCACCGGAGAAGAAGGAUCUAUCUAUAGCAGCAAGCAAGCAGAGAAGAAUAUCAUCAGAAAUCGGAGAUUAAUCGAUCGGGCGGAGAUCAGAGAGAUAUAUUAGAUUGUUUUGUUUGAUCGAUCGAUCGAUCGGGAUGGCUGCUGCUUCAUCUGCUGACAUGGAGAGGAUCUUCAAGCGGUUCGACACCAACGGGGACGGCAAGAUAUCGCUGUCGGAGCUGACGGACGCGCUGCGGACGCUGGGGUCGACAUCCGCCGACGAGGUCCAGCGCAUGAUGGCCGAGAUCGACACCGACGGCGACGGCUUCAUCGACUUCAACGAGUUCAUCUCCUUCUGCAACGCCAACCCUGGCCUCAUGAAGGACGUCGCCAAGGUCUUCUGAUUCUUUUUUCUUUAUCUCUCAUCGCUUCCCAUCCAUCAUAUCAUCUUUCCUAAUUUAUUUAUAUCUAUUCUCCAUUAUAUUCUUCCCUUUCAUUUCUACCACUACCAGCAGCCUCUGCUAGCUGCUUCAUUAUUUUCUAUUCCAAUCUUAUUUGGAUCCAUUCCAUUCCAUUCCUUGAUGUUUUAUUCGUUUGUACCUCGCGCAUAUAUGCCUUAAUUAAUUAAUUAAUUAAUUUUUGUGUUUCACUUCACUAUAUAUUGUACUACUGCCUUUUCUUUUCUUUCCUAAAUUAGUAGAGUCGCACAAACUAUACCGCGAGAUAUAAACCUUUGUCAACAACUUUGUUUCAUCUUGCUUCAUGUUGUAACUGGAUGGAUGUAAUUAUUUCCCAAUCUUAAUACAAAGAUACGCAAGCUUUAUGCGUAUUCUCGGAAAAAAACA